GGGGGUGGGGGCGGUCCGGGCUGUGCCCGCCCGGGGGCGCUGGGGCUGCGGCCAUGGCGGAGUCCGGAGCCCCCGCGGGCGGCGACAAAACGCCCCGGCUCCAGGACCGGGUCCUGGCCGGGAUGCGCUGGGGCCGCCUCCAGGAGCCGCUGGGCUUCGUCAAGGUGCUGGAAUGGCUCUUUGCCAUCUUCGCCUUCGGGGCGUGCGGUUCUUUCAGCGGUGAGAGCGGGGCCACGGUGAAAUGCAGCGGUGAAAGCAAAGAGAUGAGCGCCAUCUCCGUGCAGUUCGGGUACCCCUUCAGGUUGUACCAGGUCCCCUUUGAGAUGCCGGAGUGUGAUGGUGAAUCGGAGCCGCGCACGUUGCACCUGGUGGGCGACUUCUCAGCCCCGGCCGAGUUCUUUGUGACCCUGGGGGUCUUCUCCUUCCUCUACACCAUGGCAGCUCUGGUGCUCUACCUGCGCUUUCAUUCCCUAUAUGCCGACAUCAAGAAGCUCCCGUUCACGGACUUCUGCGUCACCGUCUGCUUCGCCUUCUUCUGGCUGGUGGCGGCAGCAGCGUGGGGCAAAGGGCUGAGCGACGUCAAGGCAGCAACCAGACCCUCCAGCCUCAUCGCGGCCAUGAGCGUGUGCCAGGGCCAGGACGUGGUGUGCAACGCUGGUGCAACGCCGGCCAUGGGGCUGGCCAAUAUCUCUGUGCUCUUUGGCUUCAUCAAUUUCCUGCUGUGGGCCGGGAACUGCUGGUUUGUGUUCAAGGAGACGACGUGGCACACGCAGGCUGAGCCCCACGGAGACAGCGCGGCCGAGCAGGGCGCCAUCGACAAGCAGUAGCACCCAUGGGUGGGGGGGGGCACCCACCUGCACCCACACACACACACACCCUCCAUCCCUGGGGGCCUCGCGCCGGCCGCAGCCUGGGGGUUGGGGGGGGGG